CGAGUCGUCGUCCAUUGCAAGACGUAAUUGAGUUUGUAUUGAAUGACGUAAUUUGUGAACGGAUUGUGAAAUGGAGUCAAACGUCGUUUGUUUGGAAUCAGAAAAUUCUGAAGAAAUUUCUGGAAUUAAUUGUAUUUCAGUUAAAGAAAACAUUCAAACAAACGGACAAUCGAUUCAAACCACUCAAAGACAUCGAUUCAAAGUCGUUAAAUUGGUUUCGUCCGAACCGUACGGAAGAGGUCGAUGGAAUUGUCGCGAUUUCGAGGCCAAAGAUGAAGACAUCAGAGCAACAGAUAAUUGCAAAGACAGAUCCGAUUCAAACCAAAUCUCAAUUCAAAACAACAUUCAAACCAAUAGUAAUUCAAUUCAAACCAAUCAAACCGUUGUCUCGACGGCUGCCGACGCGGCCACCGGAGUAGCCAUCGACAACAAGAUCGAACAGGCCAUGGAUUUAGUCAAAAGUCAUCUCAUGUUUGCCGUCAGAGAAGAAGUGGAUGUCUUGAAGGAACGCAUCAAAGAGUUGGAGGCGGAAAUCGAGAUUCUUCGUUCUCACGCAUCUUCAGAUGUCUUGCAAUUAGUUCUUCAAAACCAAAUCGGAGGACAAGUUUCGGAUCAAACGGAUCAACAAAAAACUCCUGAAAUCUAAUCUUUUAUUUCAAUAAAUGGACGGAAAAUACAAUGAAAUCAAUGACUAAACGGCGGAAUCGC